UCUUUAAUAAUCAAAGUAGAAAAGUUUUAUUAUGAUUAUUUUCGUUUAAAAAAAAGUUUAUAUAAUGGAAGCGUUGGACAUCAAGAAGAUAGAAACAGAAGAACUACCUGCUACUUCCUCUGUAUUAUAUGCUGGUGCUCAUCACUUAGGUAACUACUGUAAACAAGAUUUUACAACUUUUAUCCAAAAGAGAUAUGAAACAAAAGAUCCAAGAGCCACUUUAGAAGAAGGAAAGAAAGUGACAGAGUGUGCGCUCAAGUUUUUUAGAAAGUUAAGAAAGGAUUGCAACAAAGAGUUCACUGAUCAUUGGAAGUGCAUAGAUUACAACAAUCAUCACUUUGGGUUGUGUAGGAAAACGCAAGCGGUUUAUGAUGACUGUGUGUUUAAAAAUUUUAAUCUUACAAGUGAUCAACCUAUUCAUCUGACAGGAGCUGAAUAAAAUAAAUUUUUAAGUUUAAACUUUUUUAUCAUUCAGAUAAAAUAAUUUUUCUAAGGCAGUAAAUACAUCAGUCUGUUUUUGUAAUGAUAUAAAAAAGGGGUUGCUACUGAAGUAACCAUUUUGAAAUAAGUAUUAUAUAAUAGUUGUUUGU